AUGACAGAUAACACAACUUCCAGCGACUUAAUAAAGAAUGUCGAAACGGCUCGCUCCACUAUCGAUGGUUUAAUUGAAUCUCUAGGGUGGAUUGAACUAAAUUACCGUUGUGAGAGGCAAUGCAAUUGGGAUGAAGUUUGUUACACUCCUUCCUGGGGCCCAUCUCCAAUGGGUAUGACUGAACCAGGUUCCCACAAUGAGGGAUUUGGAACCCACUUUGAUGAAUCUCGACAAAGGUUGGUUAUUAACAGUAAACUACAGUGUAUCAAUAUAAAUGAUUUGAUGGUUAAUCGUAAUCAUUAG